AUUCACACAUGAACCUCCACACAACAAAUUUCAUCUAUUCGAAAAGUGUUUCAGUUUCACGAACACUUCGAAUCACGUUGCUUGAACAUCAACAAAAAAGCUCCCGUCUUCGUGCCAGAGGCACCAUGACAGGGCAGAUACAAGGCUGGAACCCAAAUGAGGUCAAAGAUGCAAUGGCAGGAUGGGAUCCACGCAAAGAGCACUACAUGAGCUACCAGAGUUCUGCUGUGGAGAGUGAAGGACCUUUAGCAAACUUUUGCCGUUCAGCCAAUUUGGCCAGGACAAAGGAAAAUGUAUCAGAGCCAUGUGGUCUCUAUGUCAAAAAUGUACCUCUUAAUAUGAAACCUGAAAAUCUACAACAUCUCUUCAGUGAGUAUGGCAAAGUUCUGAGUGUUUUUGUCCGAAAGCACAAGCCAGAGCAGAGUAACUUUAGCACCACCUGGGCCAUCAUCAAGGUCGAGAGUAUGAGAGAAGUAAUUGCCAUGAUUAGUGGACUGAAUGAUAAGCCUCCCUUGAAUCUGAAAGUAGAGUUAUCGCUGACGGAAGAGGAACGUGCGAGGCGACGCAGGGAGAGGGACCUGGAACAGCAGUAUCAGCAGGAGUGCAGGGUGUUGUAGGAGCAAGACAACAAAACACAAGGGAAGUACAGAUGAAAGGGGCAGGAAGAGGGAGAGUACUUUCAUUGAUGCAUGAGGGUAGCAAUCCUGGAAUGGAGAGAGAGUUCAUAAAUCCAGCCCAUACAGUAAAGGCUCAUCUGAUCAAAG